UGGGUCCCGCUCUAAUUCCAAUCCAACAUCACCCACCAAAAACAGGCAAACAUGAUUUCAGACCUUUUUCCCGAUUGGAACGGAUUUCCUGUCUCUAUUCCGAUCUUGAAAGGAACAGCUGCAAAUAUCAUAUGAUAAGGAGAAGAAUGUGCUUCGUGCAAAGAGGUUGAGUUUGGGGGGAAAAUGGCGGAAUUUGCAGAAGCGUCGACAAGCAAUGUAAGUAUGCUGCUGCUAAAAGAGACGGAGACUGUGGAAGGCGUCGUCGACUAUAAAGGCCGUCGUCCAGUGAACAGAUCUGAUACCGGUGGAUGGAGAUCUGCCGCCUUUAUUAUUGGAGUGGAAAUCGUAGAAAGGUUUGCUUAUUUUGGGAUAAGUUCAAACUUGAUAACCUACCUGACUGGGCCAUUACGGCAAUCGACGGCGACGGCGGCGGAGAACGUCAACGCUUGGUCUGGUGCUGCGUCGAUGCUUCCUCUCUUUGGAGCCUUCAUCGCCGACGCUUUUCUUGGCCGAUACCGCACCAUCCUUUUCGCUUCUCUCCUCUAUAUACUGGGGCUAGGCUUGUUAACUCUGUCAGCAGUGCUUCCUUCUCUCAAUCCACCCAAUUGUCAAGAUAACAACAACAACAGUUCUUGUCCUCCUGAAUUACAAAUCAUCAUUUUCUUCUGCUCUCUGUAUCUGGUGGCCUUUGCACAAGGAGGGCACAAGCCAUGUGUACAAGCUUUUGGAGCAGACCAGUUUGAUGAAACAGAUCCAAAGGAAUGCAAAUCCAGAAGUUCUUUCUUUAACUGGUGGUAUUGUGCAUUCAAUGUUGGUAGUCUGGCUGCGCUCACAAUUUUGAACUACAUACAAGACAACAUGAACUGGGGUCUCGGCUUCGGAAUUCCAUGUGUUUCCAUGGUUUUGGCUCUUCUUGUCUUCCUGCUUGGGACCAAGACUUACCGCUAUCAUUUCAAGGAUGAAAGGGGUAGCCCAUUAAUGAGAAUCACCCGUGUGUUUUUUUUAGCAGCAAAGAAUUGGCGAAUGAUUCCUCCAGCCUCCAUUGUUGAAGAGGAAGCAGGAGAAACUCAUCUUUCUCAUGGUGCUCACCAAUAUAAAUUUCUUGACAAAGCACUGAUCGCUGCCCCAGACAAUCCAGAUGGUCAGAAGAAAGACCUGAAGGCCUGUAGCAUCAGUGAAGUGGAAGAAGCAAAGGCUGUACUGAGAUUGGCUCCCAUUUGGGCUACAUGUUUAGUGUUUGCCAUUGUUGUUGCACAGUCAUGGACCUUUUUCAUAAAGCAAGGUGCAACAAUGGACAGAUCAAUAUGGCCGGGCUUCCAGAUACCGGCUGCAUCAUUGCAAAGCUUCAUCGGUCUAUCUAUUAUUCUCUUUGUUCCUAUCUAUGACCGUGUUAUUGUUCCAAUUUGUAGAACUCAUACCAGGAAACCAUCUGGAAUAACAAUGCUCCAAAGAAUUGGAACAGGAAUGGUUCUAUCCAUGAUCUCGAUGGUGGUAGCAGCAAUAGUUGAGAAGGAAAGGCUUAAAAUUGCCAUGGACUCUGGUCUUGUAGAUAUACCAAAAGCAACGGUUCCAAUGAGUGUGUGGUGGCUAGUUCCUCAAUUUAUCUUGUUUGGAGUUGCUGAUGUCUUUACUAUGGUUGGACUGCAAGAAUUUUUCUAUGGUCAGGUGCCAAAUGGGCUGCAAAGUGUAGGUCUCUCCCUCUAUCUUAGCAUCUUUGGUGUAGGGAGUUUCCUUAGCAGCUUUCUUAUCUCUGUUAUUGAGAAGGUGACUAGUGGGAGUGGCGGAGAUGGCUGGUUUUCAAACAAUCUCAAUCGAGCACAUCUUGAUUACUUCUAUUGGCUUCUUGCUGGGCUCAGUGCAGUAGAAUUGAUUGUCUACUGGUACUUUGCCAGAGGUUAUGUCUAUAAGAGGGAAAGAACAAUGUAAGGGGCCUUUUUACUAGUGAGAUCAUUUAUGGCCAGAAGAACAGUAUAUAUUCAAAAUAAAAGAAGGUGAUUAUAGCAUGCAUGUACAA